AUGCCCACCAAACACUCCUUCCACGCAGAGUCCGCCUCCAACGGUUCUGCGGACACUGGUGAGCAUGAUGGAGCUCCGCCGGGACAUUUACCGCCGAUUGCUUCUCUUCGUGUUGAUAAUGCCUCGGGACUUGCUGUUCGUCGACAACAACAACAACAACAACAACAACAACAACAACAACAACAACAACAACAACAACAACAACAACAACAGCAUCAACUUCAACUUCAACAACAGCAGCAAUCACAGCAAUCACAGCAAUCACAGCAAUCACAGCAAUCACAGCAAUCACAGCAAUCACAGCAAUCACAACAAUCAAAUCCGCCACAGCCACCACAGCAACAACAGAACUUGUUACCCCCAUUGAUUAACCACUAUUAUCACAAUGGUCAUCCUCAAAAUAAUCCCAACCAUAAUAUUCUUCCUUAUGGAUCAUCGACAGCUGCUCAGCACGUUUCAGCACCCCAUACAUCUGCAGACGGGUUUUUACAGAUUCCAUCUGGUGGAAAUACUACUGGCGGCUCUAACACUGGAGUUCGGCCUCCAUACGCAACUUCACCCUACCGCACUCCAUCAUCACCGGGUGGUUCGAUUAUUCAUCCACCUUAUUCCCCUCUUGAAUAUCCAACUCCUAGCACGCUGGAUUACAGAAGCCAAGGUUCGCCUGUUCCGCCAUCACCAAGUCGGUUACCAUUACCUCCUUUGCUCUCAGAUUCAGAAUUGCAUUCAACAGGGCCAAGUGCCAGUGCCGCAGGCCGGUCACCAUCACCUAUCCCUCCAAGUAUCAGCAGUAGUAGUGUUAGUAAUGGGAAGACUGGCAGCAGUAGCAAUACCCUCCAUUUGUAUACCCAAAAUUCAGGAACUGGGCCAGGCUUGCGCAGUCCUUUAUUGACAGCACCACCUUCAGGAGCGCAUCUUAAACAGCAGCAACAUCAAUCGUUACAACUAUUGACAAUUCCUGUAAGCCAACCUUCAAUUUCAUCUUCUGCAAAUUCAUCUUCACUUGAUGCACCACCUCCGACACUCCAAAUUACGUCACCACCGCCCCCAACUCAACAAGAAGAACGAGAUGCUUCAAUAUUCAAUGCUGGUCCAUCACAUUUAUCUCUUCCUACUACUAAUUCAACUUCAGGACGUGGGUACAACAGUGACUAUUUAACGCCAGAACCAUUUUAUUCUCCAUCAGUUUCGCCAUCAACAACAUCUGCUAAUGUCGUUGCACCUGUCUCAAAUGUCCCAUUGUCACCAUCUGUCUCAUCAUCCAAUGAAGCUUCGACAGUCAGUGCUGGGAUCGACAGUGUUUCUGGUGAAACCAAAAUCAAUCCAGCUACUCGAAGGCCUUUUCGACAGCGACGCAAAGACCCAUCCUGUGAUUCUUGUCGUGAACGCAAGGUUAAAUGCAAUGCUACAGAAACCUCUGCGUGCUCUGAAUGUAUUCAUCGACAACUUAAAUGCCAAUUUACCAAAGAUACGAAUCGCCGUAUGAGUUCAUCAAAGCAAAUUAAAGAUAUGGAGCGCAAUAUUUCUCACCUGCUUUCUUGCGUUGAUGAGUACCAAGCACUUCUUCGGGAAGCCAAUGUUCCCGUACCGUCCCAUUUGGUCUGUUUAGAUCCACUAGCUGUAGCCACAUCAGGGCCAUUACGGGCUAAUACUCCAGUUUCGGAUAUAAACUACAGUUCUUCGAGCGACAUGCCUGGUGGCUUAAAUGGCCUUUCACCUAAUCCUGGUGGAGUUUCUGUGACAAAUGACCACUCCUCUAGCGGACUACUGGCUGUUCCUUCUCGCAACAAAUCUUUGUCACCAUCACCAUUAUCUUCACCAGGUCUUCAUGACGGAACUAAUGGAUGGAAUCAACGCUCACGACGCAACUCAGAAGUUUCUGAUAUUUCAGUUUCACCAUACUUGCAGCCUCAUGACGAUCAACAACGCUGGGGUCAAUAUGGCUUGUCGAUCCGUCGGCCAUCAACAUUGAGUGGAAUUUCCCAAUCUGGUUCAGGACCUCCAUCUUCUUUACAUGGUUCAGCUUCUCCAAACUUACUCAUUAUGUCACCCAAGCUAGUUACACCCACCGUCCAAUCUGGUAUUACUGGUUCUGUUGCAUUGAUUCCGAGUACUAUGCCAGGAAAUGCUUUAGUACAGCCAAUACCUUAUGCUUUACGACCUGCUACUUCCGAAGCCCUAAAUAAAGCUUUACGCUUUAUGCAAAAAUAUAACAAAGGCGCUUUUGCACCGCCACCAGGGUAUUCCUUUACUCCGCAGCCACCACCAUUGUCUUCCUCCCCGGUUAAAACUUCAGCAACAGGCCCUGCACCCAUUUCUAAAAAAAGCUAUGUUGACUACUCAACUGCUCACAGCAGCGACUUGCCCGACGAACAAGAAAUUGAUACUCAUAAUUUAGCUCGCUACGUUCCUACACGGAAAACCGUUGAUGUGUUGAUGCAAAAUUAUUAUGAUGCAUAUCAGAUUUGGCUACCAUCGCAACAAUGGAGCUUUUUGAAAAUUUAUGUCAAGAACCAAAUCAAAUGGGAGCACAAGCCAGGAUCUGAAGACGAAUAUUGCAAAUUUAUUCCUCGCCAAACAUGGGUUUCUGGGUUUUUUGCUGUAUUGGCGCUGGGCGUUCGUGAUGAUAUUGACCCUAAUAUUUCUGUAAUGAAACAAGGUGACGAAUUCAUGGCUAUUUCAGAACGACUUAUGAUUUUGUCUCCUAAUUCUGAGUCAACAUUUAACCAUGAUUGGAUCAAUACAGCAAUGCUUAAUCAUAUGUAUUAUCAAGAGACAAAUAGACGAUCUCUUGCUUCUUUAUGGCUGUCUCAAGGUAUACAAGCUGCAUAUAGAACAGGUGUUGCAGCUGGUCUAACAUCUGCUGACCAACACCUUUGGUGGUCUCUUUUUACAGCCGAUCGUAUUUCUGCUCUGCGUUGGGGUCGCGAUGUUAUUAUUCACGAGAGAUAUUUGCCGAGCUCUUAUCUCUUGCCAAAUGGAGUUACAGGCCAAAAGCCGGAACAAUUGUCUUUAGAUGAAGAUACUAGGCUUUUCAACGUUGUCGUGCAUCUUAUUCGUAUGACUGAUGUUACAUGCCGCACUCUGGCUUCUCAAGUGUCACUGUCAAAACUAACGAUUGAUACGUUUAAUUCAUAUUUUGAAACUUUUUGGGCACUGUUACCGGCACACGUGCUCGAUUCUGAACUCAAUGAGCCUCUAGAAUACAAGGGGUUCUUCAUAGUUAUAGUUGUUAAAUAUGCGCAGCACAAUUUAAUGCGCACAAAUUUUUCACCCAUAGCCACUCGAGCGCAAUUUCAACGUAGCGCUGAUGCCUGUUACAAUGGUGCCAAAACUGUUCGUGGAUUUGUUCGCCGUGUGCUGCUAUUUUUUGGCGGCUGCAGUGACACGAAUAAGCCAAUACAAGACGACAAGUUUUGGGCUCGCGCAUACCUGAAUUUUUCGCGAGUAGCUAAUGACGCGGUUAUAACGCAUCUUUGGCAAUGCUCAAUAGUUGCAUUUGCUUUUGAGGACUGUGAUACAGGUCGGGAUCUUGUUGCAGCGAUCCGGGCAGCAUCGCGCGCACGCACAGUUUAUGGCGUUUAUGGGCGGUACAUUGAUGGGUUUGUGCGGCUACUUGUGCGCGAGUUUCGACGUGCAGAAGCUGCAGCAACAAGUACCGCAACGCUGGCAACUGGGAAUGCUGAGUAUAAGCCACUUGAGGACGAGACGGUGGUUGCAGUGAUGGCGACUGAUUUACAAGGGAUUGGCCAUCAUGAAUGGAUUUUUCCGCGGGCAGGCGAUGGACUAAUGAACUCUCAUACGGGAAGUUUUGAACAGGGUGUUGACGUUUCUAGAGCCGCGCCAAGAAAAUUUAAGAGUUCAUCAGACGGUGAUGAUAUUGCUGAUAAACUACCUUCACACAUUCCAACUGUAGUUAUUGAUCCAGCAAGCCCUGAGCCUACUGCUAGUGGUGAAGAAGUUGAUGGAUUAUCUUUGCCAUCAUUAUCAAAGACCAAAGUGUCAGGAAAAUCUCGGCGUAGCAGUAGCAGCAGCGGCAGCGGCAGCAGCAAUGGAGUCAACUCUGGAAGUAACUCUGGAAGUAGCUCUGGAAGUAACUCUGGAAGAACACACCAUCAUCACAGAAGAUUUGGUGGAUCUAGACAUUCGCAAACGUUGCCUAUGGAUGAUCAUUCUGAUGCAGAUGAUGAAGAGGAUAGCUCAAGUGGUGAUGAACCCAAGAAGGAGCCUGAAGAUGAGAGAAAGAACCCAUGGGCUGAAUGGGAUGCUUUGGAAGCACGAAUUGAUGUACUAGAGGAGCUCAUUGCACGCCGCAAGGGUAAUUUAGGUUCUGGGACUGAGUUAAAGAAUCCACAAUCACAAAAAAAUCCCUUGAGUGAGCCAGUAUUUGUUGAGUCUAAGAUGAAUGGCUCAACACCAGUUUCACGACCUAGUGGGAGUGUAACAGUAUCAACAUUGCUUCUUAACCCGGAGUCGAUAAAUCCAUUAUCUAAACGCAAGCAGCCUUUAGAAGAUGAUGAAGCUGAGAAAAGAGAAAAUAAAGAUGAACAGGAUAGAAAGGAAAACAAAAUCAGUUUUGGAGAUGAAAAUAACGCCCAAAUGGUGCCACCAACAAUCACAAUUACUGAAUCGACGCCUGCACCUACUUCUCAACAUCAACAUCAAAAACAACAGUUGCAACAUUCACCCUCACAUAAAAAGGCGCGGCGAGAAAGUGUAGAUAAUGAUGCGCGGCGUAUGAUGUCUCUAUCGCGGAUUAUUUGA